AUGAAGCUGUGUAACCGGGGCAUGAUGAUGCUGCUGACCACGGCGGGGGCGUUCUGCGCCUUCAGCCUCAUGACCAUCGCAGUGGGCACGGACUACUGGCUCUACUCCCGCGGGAUGUGUCGCUCCAAGAGCCAGAACGAAAACGAGACCAUCCGCAAGGAGGAGGUCCUGACGCACUCCGGCCUGUGGAGGACCUGCUGCACUGAGGGGACAUUUCGGGGGGUUUGCGCAGACAUUGAUCACUUUGCUGAAGACGCAGACUAUGAGCAGGAUGCUGCAGAGUAUUUACUACGAUGCGUCCGAGCGUCCAGCCUCUUCCCCAUCCUCAGCGUGGGAUUGUUAUUUCUUGGAGGCGUGUGUGUAGCUGCCAGUGAGUUCUACAAGUCGCGCUACAACGUUAUCCUCUGCGCGGGUAUACUCUUUGUCUCUGCAGGUCUCAGUAACAUCAUCGGCAUCAUCGUGUACAUAUCGUCCAACUCAGGUGACCCCAGCCAGAGCGACAACAAGAAGAGCUACUCGUACGGCUGGUCGUUUUACUUUGGCGCUCUGUCCUUCGUGCUGGCUGAGAUGGUGGGCGUCCUGGCAGUGCACGUGUUCAUAGAGAGACACAGGCAGCUGCGCACGAAAGGCCGGCCUUCCCUCAUAAAGCCGCCCAUCUCCCGCAGCUCGUCUUACUACCGCCACCGCUUGUACCAGAACCGCUCCCGCCGAUGUAGCUACAGGAGCAACCACAGCGCAGCGGACUUGACCAUGCAGUCCUUCAGGGCGUCCAUGGUGCAGGAGCGAGAGCCGUCCCUCUCUGCCGAAUCCAAGGUCGCCGGCAUGGCGGGUUUGCCUACACCAAUGACAGUGGACUCAGAAUUCAUGCUCUACACGCUAACCUCUCCGCUCAAUGACGGAAAGUUUGACAUGGCUGUGGAUGAUUUGAACCAUGUUGCUUCUCACAACAACACAGAGAUGCUGCCUGGAAACUGUGCUGCCAACAGAAGGACCACGCCUGUGUGA